AUGUCCAUUCGCCUAUUCUCGGUGUUGCUCUUCGCGCUUGUCGCGGUUGCGCGAGGGGUACCUCCCCGAGCAGACUGCCCGACACCUGCGACCAUCCCAGGAAUCAACCUCACCACCCUCCCCGACCCCUUCAAGCUCAACGACGGAACCCCCGUCCGCACGAAGGACGACUUCGCGUGCCGCCAAAAACAGAUCGCCGCGCUCAUCCAAGGGUAUGAAGCCGGGUUCCUGCCCGGGAAGCCGGACAUCGUGGAGGCCAACUUCACCCAGCGCGGCACUUCGGGCACCCUGAGCGUGACGGCGGGCUUCAGCAACAAGACCAUCUCGUUCUCAUCUAGCCUGACUUUCCCGUCUGCGACUGCGCCAACCGGAGGUUGGCCACUGCUCAUUGCGUACGAUGGAGCCAGCAUCCCCGUUCCAUCUGGUGUGGCCACCCUCGUAUACAACGUAGACAACAUCGGUCAGCAAAAUGACCAGAGCAGCCGCGGCGUCGGGUUGUUCUUCCAGCUGUACGGGUCGGACGCGUCCGCAUCCGCGAUGACGGCCUGGGUGUGGGGCUUGAGCCGGAUCAUCGAUGCGCUCGAGGCAACCCCCAACGCGCAUAUCAACCUCAACAAGCUGGCCGUGACCGGAUGCUCCCGCGAUGGCAAGGGCGCGCUGAUGGCAGGCGCCUUCGAGCCGCGUAUCGCGCUCACCAUCCCGCAAGAGUCCGGCUCGGGAGGCGACACAUGCUGGCGUCUGUCCAAGUUCGAGCAGGACAGCGGCGACGUCGUGCAGGAGGCGGUCGAGAUCGUGCAGGAGAACGUCUGGUUCUCGCCCAACUUCACCAACUACGUGCACAACAUCUCGACGCUGCCGUACGACCACCACCUGCUCGCGGCGCUCGUCGCACCCCGCGCGCUCAUCUCGUUCGAGAAUACCGACUUCGAGUGGCUGAGCCCGCUCAGCGCGUGGGGCUGCAUGAACGCCGCGCACACCGUGUUCGAGGCGCUCGGCAUCCCGGAGAACCACGGAUUCCUCCAGCAAGGCGGGCACCAGCACUGCCAAUUCCCGAGUAACCAGACAGACCCACUCUUUGCAUUCUUCGACAAGUUCAUCUUCGGGGAGCAGAACGUCAGCACGGACUUCUUCGCUACGAACGACGUGUUCAACGGGACUGUGUUCAACUCGACGUUCUGGAUCGACUGGGAGACGCCGACAUUGGACUGA